AUGUCGGCAAUAGCUCAAGGCCUCUCUCGAGAAGAAACAGGGCGAGCUUUGAGCUUAGUCAGAUACCUCGAAGAGCAGCCUGAAUCCUUAAACUUUUCAGUCCCAGUCGACUAUAAACUGCUUCAGCUUCAUGAUUACCCUCAUAUAAUCAAACAACCUAUGGAUUUAUCAACAGUCAAGAAGAAAAUCAAGACAGCCCAGUACAUGAAUUUUGACGACAUGUUGUGUGACCUAAUUCUCAUCUGGGAUAAUUGCCGAACCUAUAACAUGAUUGAAUCGCCUAUAGUCCAGCAAGCAGACGCAAUGGAAAGAUGCAUGCUCAGAUAUUGCAAUCAGCAUGGGAUCUCCCUUGAGUCUGCAAUGCACAGACCAAGAAUCGAAGAGCACCCUGAAGUAGUCAGUUUUCAAGCGAAAACUGCUCUUGCAGAAAGGUUUAAAACAGUCCCGCCAGACAAAUUGGCAGAAAUUGUACAAAUAAUAGAACGUGAAUGUCCAUAUGCAAUAUUGAAAAUCACAGACGAAAGGUCUCAGUUGCGAAUUGAUGCAAUUGACAAAAAAGUUUUUCAGAGGAUUAAUAGGUAAAGUUUAUGCAGGAUGCUUGAUAGCGAAGACAGAGAAAACUCGUCUCCUAUAAAGAAAGUGAAGUAUGAAGCCUAA